AUGUCUGGCGUCGAGGGAACCACCCCCAUGACCAAGGAUGCUGCGGCCCGUAUCCAGGUCAACGAAGCAAAGAGUGACAAGGACACCGGCUUUGACGCGCGAGCUCAGGCUGCAGCUGACAAGAACGCCAAUGAGGCGGCUAAGCAGGGCGAGGGACAGGGAGAACAGAAGAAGUGA